AUGUUUUUAGAAAAUCCUGUAAUAGCAAAAUCCAAUAUCAUCCUUGAUGUAAAACCGUGGGACGAUGAAACUGACAUGGCUGAAAUGGAAAGACUAGUAAGAACAAUUGAAUCGGAUGGUCUUCUAUGGGGACCAGCGAAAUUAGUAGCAGUUGGUUACGGUAUAAAGAAGCUACAAAUCUCUUGUGUUGUGGAAGAUGAUAAAGUUGGCACAGACUUCUUGGAAGAAAAGAUAGUAGAAUUUGAAGACUUGGUCCAAAGUGUUGAUGUCGCAGCAUUUAACAAGCUGUAAUGGGGCUGUUGUAAUUUGCUCUAACGAUCGUACUAUUGUGUUUUGACGCGUCUUCUAUUACUACGACGAUAUUCGAUAUGCUAAUGUGUUCAUUUAUCAAAUUAGCAAUAUGAAAUAAAA